GCUUUAUAUUGGUUCGACUAGCUCGUGAUCGUGACAUUCAAAGUUGUCCUACACACAAGUAAUACUGCGUUAGACAAAAUGGAGAUGAAACAUGUCUGUCUUCUUUUGAUGUUCGUUAGUUCAGCUGUUGCUGUCAAACAUGGAAUGAACAGGCCAAUGGCAGGGGGUCUUUUCGACCCUCCUGACAUGACUUCGGUCCCGCAAGAAGUUGUGGAGAAUGCGCUGAUGAAAUUUGAAAGUGUGAGAGAUCGUCUGGAAUCGAGAUAUGGUUACAGUUUGACCAAACCUUCAGUGACGCAAGUAAAAUAUCAGGUCGUGAGAGGCAUGAUGUACCAUGUUACACUCAUCGCUGGAUCAAGAAGCCCAAAGGACUUCAGCUCUGUCCGACCAGCCGCUGGGAAGGAUUUCAUCCAGUGUACCGUCAGAGUUUGGAGCCAGCCUAUGAUGAAUUCUGAGAGGCACCUAUCUGUCGAAGCCCAAGAACUCAGAAUCACAGAUGAUUGUCAAGCAGCAGAUAUGACAAAAUACAUGGAUGCAUAUCGCGAUCAGUUUGACAAGUUCCUGAUGAAAUUCAAGAGAGGAUACAGAAAGAAUGAUGGCACAAAUGAAUAUGAAUACCGCUUCUCAGUGUUUGUUCAGAAUAUGUUGACUGUGGAGAUGUUGAAUCAGUUUGAGAAAGGAACAGCAAAGUAUGGUCCUACUAAGUUUGCUGAUAUGACAGAGGCCGAGUUUCGCAAUAUCCAGUCCGGCCAUCUGAAGACCACUGGGAUCACCAAGCAGGCAGCCAUUCCUCAGGGUCCAGUACCCCAGGAGUAUGACUGGAGGGACCAUGGUGCGGUCACUCCGGUCAAGAACCAAGGCCAAUGUGGAUCCUGCUGGGCAUUCUCUGCCAUUGGUAACAUUGAAGGACAGUGGCAGAUCAAGAAAGGACAGCUGAUAUCAUUGUCAGAGCAAGAACUUGUUGAUUGUGAUAAGGUUGAUUUAGGAUGUGAAGGAGGGGAGAUGAGAGAUGCUUAUGAAGCUCUCAUCAAACUAGGAGGAGUUAUGACAGAAAGAGCAUACCCAUACCGAGGAGAAAAUGAGAAAUGCAAGUUCAACGUGUCUAAAGUUGAAGUGAAGAUUAAUGGCUAUGUGAAUAUCUCCAAGAAUGAAACAGAGAUGGCCGGAUGGCUAGCAGCACAUGGACCCAUCUCCAUCAGUAUCAAUGCCGAGAUGAUGCAGUUCUACUCAGGAGGAAUCGCACAUCCUUGGAAGAUCUUAUGCAAUCCCGAUGACUUGGAUCAUGGUGUCCUCAUUGUUGGAUAUGCUGUCAAAGAUGGAGAACCUUAUUGGAUUGUAAAGAACAGCUGGGGAGAAGAUUGGGGCGAAAAGGGAUAUUAUCUUGUUUACCGUGGCGACGGAACAUGUGGGCUGAAUCUGGAUAAUACCUCUUGCAUUGUGGACUAGACCUCACUGGAUAUUGGAAUUUCCAUGAUGUGAAAUACAUUCCUAUCAUGCACUUUUAGCUGUAAGACAAUUGUAAUGGUAUAAUUGAAAAUCUUCAAUAAUUAUUAAGUCUGUAAAUUUGAACUUAUUUAUCAAUGAAUUACAAGUUCAGGAUAUUUCACAAUAUGGCACUAAAUCAUGGAAGAUAAAAUGGACCAUUGGUAGUCAUGGCUGCCAUAUCCACAUAACCACUCCUCCACUCCCCCCUCCCCCAAUCCAUGGACGAUUCAAUUACUUCUAGGUGGAGGGGAAAGUUAACUUGGGGUGGGAGAGUUGAUCAGGGGCAUUAGUGAUUGUCCUGGGGUAGAUCGAUUGUAUUAGUAGUGAUUGUCCUGAGAGUAGUUGUCCUAGGGGGUGAUUUUCCUAUGAGAAGUUGUCCUAGGGUGUGAUUGUCCUGGGAGUAGUUGUCCUAGGGGGUGAUUGUCCUGAGAGUAGUUGUCCUAGGGGGUGAUUGUCCUGGGAGUAGUUGUCCUAGGUGAAUUAUUGUCCUGGGAGAAGUUGUCCUAGGGGGUGAUUGUCCUGGGAGUAGUUGUCCUAGGGGAAUUAUUGUCCUGGGAGAAGUUGUCCUAGGGGGUGAUUGUCCUAUAGUGGAGUUGUCAUGGGGGUAGUUUUCCUGGGGGUAGUUGUGCAGAGGUAGUUGUCCUAGAAUCCAUUUUCUCAUGCAACAGUCUCAUGCUGGCAAACCGACCCCAGACCAACCUAAGCUACUAUGUUAUUUCCUUAGGCAGUGCUGGUUCAGCUAGCCGGAUUAGACAUAAUACUUUGGACAUGCUGACCAUUGUGCACAAGCAACAUGGCCUGCGGAAUGAUGUUUUGUAAAACCCAGGUGUAUCGCCACUGUUAGGCAUACCAUCGAUCGGUUUGGAAGUGGUUUCGUUUGCAUGACUGUAACAUUGGUAUACAGACAUAUUGAAUGUGAAGCUAAUUUAAUAUGUAACAUGCCUCUAGAUUAACCUCUUGUCUGUAAUCUUUAACAUAUCUUUUAAUCCAUGGUUUAGCACCUUUUAUGAACCAAGGCUUUUUAAAUUUGCAUCUCGUUCGGUGGAUUUCAUGAAAAAGCUUCUUUCUGGCACAAAUUACAACAAUCAUCUCGUCACUUCAGUACAUUUUUUGCAUUAUUCAUAUAUAUUGUAAACUAUAUUGAUGUCAAUGCGACAGUGAGAAAGUACACCAAUUUAUAUCUACAUUAUAGACAUUCUUAAGCUUUUCAACAUGCAUUAUGCUUAGCAAAUCAUUCUUACAGUUUGCCCCAAUUGGCACAUAUUCUGAACUUCAGUUGAACUUGGCAUGUCUUCAUGAAUAUUCAUUAGGUGGGCUGUAUUGUAUUUUAUUAUAUGAAAUUAAGUUCAUUUAAACUUUUUCUACCAAGAACUAAAACAAUUGGAUUGACAACUGAUUAAGUGCAUUAGAUAUUUAUUGCCGCAACUGAUUCCAUUAUAAUGGAGACACAUUAAUAACACAUUUAUGAAAAAAAAGGAAACAAUUAUGAUUUCAUGUAAUAACAUAAGAAAAAAGGAAAGUGGGGAUGUGACAUCAUCAACCCACCCAAUGAAUAUUCAUGACAAUGUUCAUGUAACUGUUUUCACAAAAUAUUAAUAAACUUUAAAAUUCGAUAACUUCGGUAUUUUGAUAAAAUUUUCAGCAUUCUGCUCUGAAUUUUAAUCUUUAAUUAUGUAAAUAUGAAUAUUUUCAGCCCGGACCAUCCCUUUACAUCAAAACAAUAUCCCAGUAUAUUGGAGAAACAUAGAUGCAUUACAAUGUAAACAAAUAGAUAUUUUUGGUUUUCCGUACUUUUAGCCCAGACUUACAUGUAGAUCUUGUUAAACUGGGGUACAAAAUAUGGGUCAAUGAGUAAGUCAAUAAGUUGAUGAUGUAUUUAGAUAUUAAGUGCAUUUUCUUCAUAUUUUGUCAUAAGUAUUUUAAAAAUCUACAUUGUGUAUACAUUUUCAUAAUCUUACCUCACCUAAUUUAUGUUAGACUUGAUUUUAUUUUUAUAUGUUUUGUUGUUGUAAUCAAUGUCAGGGUUGCAAAUAUUUUGUUAUUUUUAUGGUGAAAUUUCAUAUCACUGUUCACAAAAUUUUUUUACUAAUAAACCAUCAAUUUGUGAUAUCAG